AUGCGACCCAUACUUCUCCUCGCGAGCGCCCUGCUCGUUGCUGGAAUUGCCUACGUGAUACUCUUCGUUGGCAAGCGAGAGAAGAAACUCCCACCAGGACCACCAACAAUACCCGUCCUCGGCAACAUCCACCAAAUUCCCAAGAAAGGCGCCCACUUCCAAUUCACCAAAUGGGCGAAACAAUACGGCGGCAUCUACACCCUCAAACUCGGCACCGGCACCGCCGCAGUCCUCACCUCCCGCCGUCUCGUCAAAGAGCUCGUCGACAAGAAAUCCUCCAUCUACUCUGAACGCCCGACCUCCUACGUCGCUAAUUUAAUAUCCGGCGGCGACCACAUCCUCCUCAUGGACUACGGCCAACAAUGGCGCGCCACCCGCAAACUCCUGCACCAGACCUUCAUGGAAAAGGUGGUGGAAGGCCAACACCUCCGCGUCCAGGAAGCCGAAGGUCGCCAGAUGCUCCGCGAUUACCUCCUCGCGCCGCAGGACCACAUGUUGCACCCCAAGCGCUACAGCAACAGCAUCACCAUGAGCCUGAUCUGGGGCGUGCGCACCCCGACGCCCCGGACGAGGCAUAUGCAGCGGUUGUACAGUCUGAUGGAGAUCUGGUCGAAGGUCAUGGAGACGGGGGCGACGCCGCCGGUGGACAUUUUUCCUUGGAUGCAUUGGUUGCCGCAAGGUGUGUUUUUGAACUGGGUGCAGAGGGCAACGCAUGUGAGGGAUGAGAUGAAUGCUUUGUAUAGGGAUUUUUUGAUUGAUAUUAGGAUGAGGAGAAGGAAGGAGGGGGAUGGGAGGGGGGCAUUUAUGGAUGGGGUGUUGGAGCAGGCGGAGGGGGAGGGAAAGAAGAUGGAUGGUUUGACGUACAACGACCACGGCAGGUCAUACUCGGAGACACUUUUGCUUCAAUGUCCGACUAACAGCACGACAGAACUCUACUUUAUGGGCGGCACCCUCACCGAAGGCGGCUCCGACACCACCGCCUCGAUCGUAACAGCCUUCGUGCAGGCAAUGAUCGCCUACCCCGAAGUCCAAAAGAAAGCCCAACAGCAAAUCGACCAAUUCGUUGGCGAAGACCGCAGCCCCACCUGGCAAGACUACUCCCGCCUCCCCUACGUCGCGCAAUGCGUCAAGGAGGCUAUGCGCUGGCGUCCAGUCACUCCUCUCGCCUUCCCGCACGCUUUGGCAGAAGACGACUGGGUUGACGGGAUGUUCCUUCCCAAGGGCACCAUGAUCAUCGUCAAUGCCUGGGGCAUGCAUUUCGACGAAGAGAGGUUUAAGAACCCGUACGACUUCGAUCCGGAUCAUUUCGAAGGCGUCACCACCCUUGCGACCGAGCUCUCGAACGGAGCGUGGGAGAAGCGGGAUCAUUACGGCUAUGGAACUGGACGGCGCUUCUGUCCUGGUGCGCAUCUGGCGGAGCGGAACUUGUUCUUGGCCAUGGCGAAGAUUUUGUGGGGGUAUGAUGUCAAGGCUGGGAAGAAGCCUGUCGAUACCGAUCCGGUUACUGGGUAUUGUGAGGGUUUCUUGGUGUGUGCGAAUGACUUUGAUGCGGAAUUUGAGGUGAGGGGUGAGAAGAGGAAGGAGACGAUUUUGAGGGAGUAUGAGGAGGCGGAGAGGGAUGUGUUUGGGAAUUAUGAGCUUAGUGGUGAGGAGAGGGCUUGA